AUGGCGCCGCGGCGAUCAACCCGCAAGUCGACUGGUGUCGCGAAUGACGUCGCCACCGCACCUUCCCCAGCGCCGACAACUGCCCUGGUAGACUCCUCCCUGGCUGAUAGUCGCCACAAACAGACGCGCCCUCGUACCUCUCGAUCUUUCAUCCCCGACUCUUCCGACCACGAGAGCGAAACCAUCGAGCCCGAGGUGCCUCAAUCAUCCGCCAGCGCCCGCCGCGUGUUGAAAGAAGUUAGAGUCCCCGCCAUGAAGUCCAAGAAGGCGCCCGCCACUCGCGGACGGCUAGCAGGGCUCAACGCGCAACAAGCAGGACAAGAGAGUUCGACCGCCUCACCUUCCCUGGAGAACUCAGACUACGAAACACAAGGAACUAGCAUCUCGACCACGCCAGCUGCGUCAGUCAGUCGUGGCAAGAACCCCGCCCGUAGUCGGCUGAACAACGCUACGACGCCUUCGCAGAGCACCUCAUCCAAACGAUCUCGCACCGCCGUGUCAGACUCCGAAUCUGACUCCGAAAACUGGACGCUCGACAUGGACGCUGAGAUCGCUGCACAAAUACAGUUGGAGGACGAUGAGGAUGCGCCACACAGCAAGCGCCAGAAGAUCAAGGACGAGGACGAUGAGGACAUGCUAUCCGAGGAUGAACCCAUCGCGCCUUCACGUCGCAAGAAGGCGCCCUCAUACAUUGGCAAGGGCAAGGGCAAAGCCAAGGUCGAGGAGGUCUUCAGCGAUGACGACGCAGAUUCAAUGACAGCUGUUCUGUCGUCAGCACCAUCUUACAAAGGCAAGGGCAAAGGCAAGGCCAAGGCUCAGUCUUCAGCAAAGCGUGGUCGUCCUGCACGCUCUAGUGCGAAGAAGGCAACGUUCAAGGAAGAGGACUUUCUCGAUGACGAGGAGUCUGACGGCGGCGAGUUUCGUCCUGAUGAUGUGGAUGACGCCGAGUCUUUCCUUGACGAUGUCGAGACACCAAUAGCUAGCGACAGCGAUGAAGAGCCUUUGAUGACGACAAGUGACCGUCUGAAGAAGAUUGCUGCGGCGCGCCAACCGAAAGCAUCUGGAGGCCGGAAGAAGAAGAAGCUCACCCGCGGCGACAAAGACGAAGCGACUGAUCGUCGGGCGAGGUAUGCGCACAUCGCGGACAAGUGGGAGCGGAAGCGGGCCAUGAACCGUGAACGAGCAGAGCAACAGCAUCCAAAGCUGAAGACUAUGUGGAAGACUCUGGAGGACAUCCCCGUCCUGGAGGUUCAGCAGGCAGAGCAACCAGAGUCUAUUACCCGACGAUUGAAGCCAUUUCAACUUGAGGGUCUUAGCUGGAUGAUUCGGCAGGAGAAGACUCACUACAAGGGUGGGCUGCUCGGAGAUGAGAUGGGUAUGGGCAAGACUAUUCAGGCUGUCUCCCUGAUCAUGUCCGAUUACCCUGCAAAGCAGCCGACGCUCGUAUGUGUCCCGCCAGUCGCUCUGAUGCAAUGGUCCAACGAGAUCCGCGAGUACACAAACAACAAGCUCAAGGUUCUGGUAUACCACGGCACAAACGCCAAGUGCAAGAAGAUGUCGAUUAAGGAGCUCAAGUCUUACGACGUAAUCAUGGUUUCGUACAACUCUCUGGAAUCGCUGCAUCGCAAGGAAACCAAAGGAUGGUCCCGCGGUGAGGAUAUCGUCAAGGAGGCAUCACCACUCCAUGCCAUCCACUACCACCGCCUUAUCCUGGACGAAGCGCAUAGUAUCAAGUCUCGCAACACCGGUGUAGCUAAGGCUUGCUUUGCGCUGACUGGUGACUACAAGUGGUGCUUGUCUGGCACGCCAGUCCAGAAUCGCAUUGGAGAGUUCUUCUCACUUCUUCGCUUCCUGGAAGUUCGUCCAUUUGCGGACUACUUCUGCCGUUCAUGCAAGUGCGAGAAGCUGCAUUGGGCCACCGACGAUGACCACAUGUGUGUUGCCUGCAACCACGGUGCUUCUGAGCACAUCUCAGUGUUCAACCAGGAGCUGCUCAACCCAAUCACUGGCGAUGACCAUAAGCUCCGCGAGGAGGCCCUGACAAAGCUUCAUUUGAUCACUGCUCGCAUCAUGCUACGACGUAUGAAGCGCGAUCAUACGAACUCCAUGGAGUUGCCGAUGAAGGACAUCAUCAUCCACCAAGAGUUCUUCAGUGAGGUGGAGCGCGACUUCUCAACGUCGAUCAUGUCGAACUCCGCUCGCAAGUUCGAUACUUACGUUGCGCAGGGUGUCAUGCUCAACAACUACGCCAACAUCUUCGGUCUCAUCAUGCAGAUGAGACAGGUCGCCAACCAUCCCGAUCUUUUGCUAAAGAAGAAUGCGGCCGAAGGUGCUGGUAAUGUCUACGUCUGCAAUAUCUGCGACGAGCCCGCCGAGGACGCGGUACGUUCUCACUGCCGUCACGAGUUCUGUCGCGCUUGCAUCAAGGACUUUAUGGAUACCUGCGAAGCCUCUGGCACGGACGCAGACUGUCCUCGCUGCCACAUCGCCUUGUCCAUCGACUUUGAACAGCCAGAGCUUGAGCAAGACGAGGACUCAGUCAAGAAGACGUCGAUCAUCAACCGCAUCAAGAUGGAGAAUUGGACUUCAUCCACCAAGAUUGAGAUGUUGGUAUAUGACCUCUACAAGCUUCGGAGCAAGAAGCAGACACUCAAGUCCAUCGUCUUCAGUCAGUUCACGUCGAUGUUGCAGCUCAUUGAGUGGCGUCUGCGUCGUGCCGGUUUCAAUACCGUCAUGUUAGAUGGCAGCAUGACUCCUGCACAGCGCCAGAAGAGCAUCGAUCACUUCAUGACCAACCCGGAUGUUGAGGUCUUCCUCGUCUCCCUCAAGGCUGGUGGCGUCGCUCUCAACCUUACUGAAGCAUCCAGGGUGUUCAUCGUUGACCCGUGGUGGAACCCAGCAGCUGAGUGGCAGUCUGCCGACCGAUGCCAUCGUAUCGGUCAACGUCGUCCUUGUGUGAUCACUCGCCUUUGUAUCGAGGACAGUGUAGAGUCGCGUAUGGUUGCGUUACAGGAGAAGAAGGCCGCUAUGAUUGCUGGUACCGUGAACAACGACAAAGUUGCCAUGGACCGCCUCAGCCCUGAGGAUUUGCAGUUCCUGUUCCGUGGUACCUAG